UUUUUAAUUUUUUUUUAGGCUCUGACUCACAGGAGAAGAUAUUUUAUAGUCGUCGUUUUAGGCUCUUCAUGGACAAGCAUUUAGGGGGUAAACGAGCACCAGUAACUGCUGCACAUUAUCAUAAAUCAACUCGGAUGUUGGUUGUUGCAUUUGCUUCUGGAGAUUUUCUUCUGUUAGAUUUAAAUGAUAAGGGUGCUGUUGUGCACUCACUCAACAUCUCUGAUCAGGUUAAAUUGUGGUCAACUCAGUCUUCCUUCAGCUUUGUGACAUUCUCGGAGCACACGGGUGCAGUGACGGGUCUCACUUUUACACAGAGUGGUCGAGCGAUCCUUUCUUCCUCACAUGAUGGUACUGUGCGAGCAUUUGACUUAAUUCGUUACCGAAACUUCCGACAUGUAACCUCUCCUCGGCCAACAACACAGUUUUCGUGUGUUAGCGUGGACAGCAGCGGAGAGUUGGUAACUGCAGGGGGUCAAGACAGUCAUGACAUUUACCUGUGGUCUUUGCAGUCAGGAAGAUUAUUAGAGGUGCUAAGUGGUCACGAGGGUCCAGUGGUAAGUGUGCAGUUUUCCAGCCAGCCGGGUAGUGGUGCACCCUUGAUGGCAUCAACAGCCUGGGAUGCCACUCUCAAAGUUUGGGAUGCAAUUGACUCUACUACAGCCAAAGAAACUAUUGCACUAUCAUCAGAUGGCCUGUGCGUAUGUAUUCGCCCUGAUGGAAAGCAGCUCGCAGUAGCAACUUUGGAUGGCCAGAUUACAAUGUUCAAUCCGUUAACUGGCCAGCAAGAAGCCAACAUCAUUGGCAGAAAUGACCUGGGAGCAGGAAAGGCUGAUGCUGAUAAAAUAUCUGCAAAGAAGAACCUUCAGUCAAAAUGGAUCAACGUUUAUUAUUUGGAGGAGGACAGAGUCAAGAAUGUCUGUAUAUACAGCAUAGAUGAUGAGCUCCUUAUAAAGAAAUUUGAAAUCACUCAAAAUAGAUCAUUUGAUGCUAUGGAUGAAAUCAUAAAUCGUCGAAAGAUGGCAGAAAACAACAUUAAUCUUGCCCUGGUUGAGGAUAGGGAAGAUGAAAAUGGAAAAAGUAUUCACAUCAAACUUCCAGGAACCAGACAAGGUGAUAUGUCUUGUAGAGCCUUCAGACCGGAGGUUCGUGUCACCUCGCUCACAUUCUCACCAACAGGUCGGAGUUGGGCAGCAAGCAGCAGUGAAGGACUUCUAGUAUAUUCUCUGGACAAUGACUGGCUGUUUGAUCCACUCAGCUUAGACAUCUCCAACACACCUUCAGCUAUUAAACAAAAAUUGAAAGAGAAAGACUACAUGGCAGCUUUGAUGAUGGCUGUGCGUAUCAACAUAAAGUCACUGCAGCAGGAAGUUAUAGAGACAAUACCAGUACAUACAAUCAGUUUGAUUGUUAACAACUUGCCACAGCUGUAUGUAGAAGGGGUUCUGCGUUACUUAUCUGAAGCCGUGGAAAGCACACCCCACAUUGGUCUUUACUCGCAGUGGGCAACAUUACUAGUCACACAUCAUGGUCAAACUCUCAAGAAUAGAGCACCACAGAUUAUGAGCACUCUUAAUGCCCUCCAGAGGGCACUCUCUAUACAUCACACUAAUCUAAGUAAAGUAUGCAGCCAUAAUGAAUAUAUGCUAAGCUACCUCUUGGCUCAGGCAUCGUUAAGGAAGAAAAGACAGGUUGAAGAUGCAGAAAAUGAAAAUGAAAAUAGCAAAAAACUUAGCCAUACUUCAUCUGAUGAAGAAAUGGAUGCAGAGGAUCAGCUGGAAGACAUGUUUUGUGAAGAAGUUGAACCAUAAUAGAAAUAGUGAGAAAACCUUAUAAAAUACCAGUACAGUGGACCCCCGGUUAACGAACUUUUUUCAUUCCAGUAGUAUGUUCAGGUGCCAGUACUGACCGAAUUUUUUCCUAUAAGGAAUAUUGUGAAGUAGAUUAGUCCAUUUCAGACCCCCAAACAUACACGUACAAACGCACUUACAUAAAUACACUUACAUAAUUGGUCACAUUUGGAGGUAAUCGUUAUGCGGGGGUCCACUGUAUAGUCUUGAAAAAAAAAUUCUAAGAUAUAUUUUGUCACUGAGAAUAAGUAGUGCAGCAAAUUUUAAUAGAUUAAAAAAUCCUGCAUUAUGAUUCAUGAAGAAAGUCUUCACCAAAAUACUUGGUCACGAUGAACUUUGCAUCAAAGACUAAAGUAAAAUUUACUUUGAUACGUACUUCUUUGAUGCUCAGGAUUUUUUCUGCUUAAUGAACAGAGUGUCAAACAUCAGUGAAAAUUAUGGCCUGUGGUCUGGCAAUAUUUGUUUACCGGUUAAUAUUUUUUUGUAUUAUGAGUCUGGGUUAUCAAAGUGCUUACUCCUGUCUGUCUUGUUCCAGUGAAGCUCAACAUUUUCACCAUAUACAGGGAAGAGACUUCAUUAUACUUUAAUAUUGCAUUUUAAGAUCAAUUUUCAGAUUUUUUUUUUCAACGAACCAGCUGCAUCCCACUGAGGCAGGGUGCCCUAAAAAGAAAAAUGAAAGUUUUUCUCUUAGAAUUUCCUAAUUUUUACAGGAGAAGGGGCUACUAGCCCCUUGCUCCCAGCAUAGAUAUAUAUGUAUAACUCUAGUAUUUUUUUAUUUAUAUAUGUCAGCUGUAAAAGUUAUUUGUGUAUAUUGAAGGCGCUGUAUAUGUUUGUAACAUGUAUGUAACUUGUUUCUAAAAUGAUGUUCUUUACAUUAUUAAUUAUUUUAAAUAUUUUUGCUAAUCGAGAUAACCUUGAUGAUUUGUUGAUCUUGCACAAUACUAUUAAGUAUUAAACAUAUAA